GCAAGAGAUAAUUGGGCAGAGGAUCCAGGUGGAAUGGUAACGUGAGCCCACGUAUCUACGUAUAAAUAUACGUAUUCCGAUCUUCUCCCCCGGACUCCCUCUCCCAGACUCAAAACCCCCUCCCUCUCUCUCUCUGCGAUCUUCAAAGUCGGGCGAUCCGAGCGCUGAUCGGCCAUUGUCCUCCUGAUUCUAAGUUUGUUGCAGAGAUGGCUCUAAAUGGAGGAGAACCCCCUAGAGGAAGUGCAGCAGCAGCUGCUGCCAAUCUGCGUAGGAGGAGGACGACAAGUGGUGGUGGGGCUGCAGGAGGAGCAAGCGGCACCAUGCUCCAGUUUUACACAGAUGAUGCCCCAGGACUCAAGAUUUCUCCCAAUGUUGUUCUUGUUAUGGGCAUUGGUUUCAUAGCAUUUGUUGCCGUUCUUCAUGUCAUGGGUAAGCUCUACUUUGUGCAUAGGGAGGCUUGAGAUAGGUUCUGUUACCAGAUUGAUUGGUAAAUGUACUAAAUUUUGGAUUUUCAUUGGCUGUUUCGGUUUGGGUUCUCAUGAUAUAUGAUUUUCAAGAGUCAUUACUGUUCUUUAGUUUUUUGGAUAUACCAUUGGGGAAGCACAAUUUUUCCAUCAUGGAAUCUGCAAAUGCCCUAUAUGAGGGUGAUUAUGAUCAUCUCUUGAUUAUUAAAA